AUGUGGAAAAGCAACGCAGGAAAAUUCUGUUUCUGCCUUUCCACGUCCCUCUUGCCUAUGAAUGCCUGGUUGACACCUCACACAACACGACACACCGACACCCCGAUAUCUCGCUCGCUCGCUCCCUCACACACGCGGCUCCCUCAUUUCUCACACACCCAGACAAUAUUAAUCGCCGGAUCGCAACUGGACUGGAACUCUAGACAAGGUUACCGCCGCGCCGCCACACCCGCUCUCACCUUUACCUCACCUCACCUCAUCUCACCUUGCCUUACCGCACACCGACACACCGAUACCGUGCCGUGCCGUUCCACGCCUGGCCUCCCUAUCCGUACCUUACCUUACCUCUCUCUCUCUCCGCUUGAUGCUCCACGCCCGCCGCCACUCACACCAAGGCCGAAUCUGAGGUCCUUUCUGUUGUCCUGUCGUCGUGUCAAACGUACGCAAAGGGUUGCUUUGCGUCCUGUCCCUUCGCUUCCAACCGCACCCUACCGUGCCGUCUUGCGCCAGCCACCCACCCCUUCCGCUCUCCGCGUAUCCUUCUAUCUUACCUUUACUUUCUAA